UACCAAUCAAAGGAACUAUAUCAUACUUAUCUCGAGCUCUCAUUGGCUCUGGUCCUAUGCGGUACUUAUUUUGAGGCUAUCGUGCACGUCAGACAUGGCAGAAUCGACCCUGAACCCAACGGUGGCGUUCCUACUAAAUAUGCCGGUCAUAGGGAUCGGAAUUAGCUGGAACCCGGAAGAUGCACGUAUGAUGGGCCAUGUGGAUAUCUCGCCUCCUCGAUCGACACGUUGGACUCCGCCACGUAGCUGACCGCCCCAUCGCAGCUCCAUAUUCGAGCAUAACACGACCUUUAAGAAGCCCGAACGACCCUCCUCAAAUUUUUUACCAGUUUUUUGUAAUUGAAAGACUCUUUUCAGAAAUCGAAUAAAAAUCCUCGCAUCAUGGUCUACAACUUCCGAGCGGCACCGCCUAUACCCGCCUACUUCAUUGGCGCGGGAAGCAUCCUUCUUGGCGUGAAUUGCUUCUUCCGCCCCACACAAGAGUACGGCCGAUUCGGCUUACCGCUGGAACCUGCACCCCGGUCCAAGCGGGAUCGGGGCGAAAAACGCGAGCGAGGCGAACGUGGUGAAAGACGAUCUAGCAGCGCUGAAGAAGGUCGCGCUUCCCCGUUGAUACACCUAAAGGGCAUCCGCGAAGUCACAUACGGUCUAUCGCUUGGCGUUCUAAAGUGGCUGAAACACGAUGACGCCGUCACGGCGUUCACGGCGAUUAUAGCGCUCGCGGGCCUGGGAGACGGCCUCGUCAUCUGGUUUAACGGAGGGGAGAAAAACAGGAAGAAGGCUUGGGCACACUGGGGCGCUUUCGUGAUCCUCGGCGGGUGGUCCGUGUGGAGGACGUUAACAACAGCGAGCCCUAGACUGUUGGGAUCGGGAUCGGGAGGGUUCCAGGUUUUCAGGAAAUAAAUUGGUGGCUUUCUCGGGUGGCGGAAAUGGGUUAUCUCCGAGCCAGCCACAUGCUCAACGAUUUCGAAUUCUCAUCGAGGAAUUUGGACGCAGAGCUGAUGGGCGGGAUGAGGGAGGAUGCGUGCAUUUUCUUUCCUGGGGGGAGGGUAUAGGUAUCAUACGCUGUUUGGCUCGGAGAGCUGGGUCAUAUAUACGGGUUACAUCACACGAGAGAAAAAAAUAUUAUAUCGGGAGAAAGUCUAGGUACUACUUACUCUAGCAUGACCUGAAAAAAGGUAUCAAUCGAAUUGUUAUAGACUAUCGGCUGACUGCGGAUAUUUCGGCGAUGUUUACCGGGAGUUGGGUUCCGACGGUGUGGAACGAGAUGAAGACAA